CACAUGGUGCGGCGGCGGCAGGGAAAUUUCUUGGCGAGCAGUACUCGUAGUGUUUAGACGGUAGGUGGCAGGGUUCUAACAUUAUGAAAAUCAAUGUAUAUAUGAAGUAAGUACCUGCUGUUGAAGAACUGACGUGUUCCUCUCGAAACUGGUAUUACCUUAUACUAAGCAGUGUCAUGAGCCAACGAACAGUUUCUGUCAUUCGUAUUCAAUUCUAAGAGGAUUUAUUGUGCACUUUCAACAUGCCUGUGGACAGCGCCGCUACUCCAGAUGAUCUCCGACAAUCUGAGACGGUAUCUCCGUCGCCACUGAAACUGCGCUCAAGUGUUAGCCAGGCACCAGAAGAUAUCUAUGAAUCUCGUCUCAUUCUUGAUGCCCCAGACGGUGGCUGGGGUUGGAUGGUGUGUUUGGGUGCCUUCACGAUCAACUUCAUAGUCGGUGGAACUAUUAUGUCAUUUGGCUUGACUUUAAUCUCUUUACUGAACUAUUUUGGGGACAGCCGCUCCAAAACGUCGUGGGUUGGUUCAGUAACCGACGGUAUGUCGCUUUUGUCAGGUCCAUUGGUCAGUUUGCUACUACAACGGUUCACACACCGAGAAGUCGUAAUAUUUGGGACUUUCCUCUCGGCGUUUGGCUUUAUUAUUAGUAUAUGGAUGCCAAAUGUCGACUUCCUCAUCUUUACUUAUGGUUUCAUAGCGGGGACUGGUUUAGGAAUGGCAUUUAUCACUGCCAACGUCAUCAUUGUUCUUUAUUUUACUUCCAAACGUGCCAUUGCCGUUGGUAUAGCGAUGAGUGGCUCCGGUGUCGGAGUGUUUGUUUAUUCGUUCGUAGUUGAGGCGUUAUUACAGUAUUACGGUUGGCAAGGCACGAUAUUGACUCUAGUCGGUAUUAUACUCCACAAUAUAAUCUGCGGAGCUAUGUUCCGACCUUUACAGUGGAUUCUCAAUAAGAAAUGUUUUUCCAGCAGCUCACGGAAUUCAGAUCCUUCGACAGACAGUUGUUAUAAAGACAACUCUGAUAUCAGUUUAAUAUCCAGUAGCACAUUGAAUAACGAUUAUUUUUAUAAAAAUCUUUCUAAUCACCUAGAAAUCCCAAGUCACUUGAAAACAGCCGGUAACUUGUCACCGGCACGCUAUCAUAGAAAAUUCAGUGACGGAACGAUCGUUUCCUUAGACAAAAAUCCUUUUACUCUCUCAUCCGAUCCAAACCUUUUCAGAAACAUUCUUUAUCCGCCCCAUCACAAUGGGCAUGCCAAAAAAGCCUUAUCUCCCAGUUCGAAUUCACUUUUCAUGAGAAAUAAAAGACUACGUGAUCCAACGCUCCCAAGCAUUUUCCGAGAAUCUGCGAACUUACGGUGCAUCUCCAUGGAAACCAUUGGUGCGCUUUACAGCAGUUCGGUUCUCAGAGACAAGUUUGAAAAGUCUACUAGUAGUUCGGAAAAUUCUACUAGCAGCUUUGAUUUCUCUAUGUUUACAGAUGUUGUGAUGGUGUUUUUGCUGGUUGCUAUGACAUUGAGUACCGUCCAGGGAGCAGUACUCACUCACUUACCCAGCUACGCUUUGUCCCUUGGCAUAAGCAGCGUCGAUGUUGCCAUGAUUGUCUCAGUGCUGGGUAUUAUGGUGUCGGUUGGUCAACUGGUUGUCGGUUUGAUCAUAGAUUUCCUACCCGUCCCCAUCAUCUACGCCUACAGCUUCGCCAUGGUUAUGGUCUGCGCUGUUGUGGCCGUCAUGCCUCUCGUUCACUCUGUUUACAUACUUGCCUUCUGUACUGGAGUGUUUGGUUUCUUCAUUGGUUGGAUCAUUUCCCUGAGGACAAUACUACUUGCAGAUUUGGUUGGAGUCGCAAACCUCACACAUGUAUUUGGUGUCGUAGCUUUCUUCCAAGGAACAGGUUUCAUCGUUUCUCCUCCACUUGCAGGUUUACUCUAUGACUACACUCAGUCGUACAUGGCGUUGUUCAUGCUGUGUACAGCAUCAUACGGACUUGCUGCAAUUUUCACGCUUAUUUUAUGCUAUUUCUAUCGCAAACAAGAUUCACCGAAUAGCAUAAAAUCUUAUUCAGUGAAUUAACAUUUAAAAAGAAAGUAAAAAGUGAGUAAUUGACAAGGAAAAGGUGAGAGACUGCUUUGUGCAAAAGAAGCAAAUUUCAUUGUUGUUGUUUUUUUAUAAUAUAAUUCUGAUAUAUUCAUCAUUUUCAAAUAAAAUGAUUGAAAGUUACCCGGGGGAAAAACAGAAUCUCAGACUAAAUAUCUAACAGCGAUUACCUUCGACCUUCUAUGUUCUGAGUUUCAAAUCUCAUACAGGGUUGAAAAAGUUUUUCCUCCAUCCAGGCUCUAAGUACCAGAGAUGCACCCGUAUAAAAAGGGGAUAUGGUUUAUGACCUUGUGUCGACGUGAGAGAUAAUUAUUGAAGGGAAUAGAGCAUCGAACUAAGGUCCUCACAUUGUUUAGUUUCGUGCUUCUAAUUUCCGAGUUCAAAACCUUCCAGGGUCAACUUUGACUUUCAACUUUGCUGGGACAAUAAGAUAAGUAUCAGCCAAGUAAAUGAGUCUAAUCGGCUAAUCCUUCCCACCAAAUUUGUGGCCUUGUACCUAUUUUUGAAAUCGUUAUUAUUAUUACUCCAAAGACGGUGAGCCGGCAGAAUCGUUAGCAAACCGGCAUUUCGUCCGUCUUUACACUCAGAUUCCGCCGAGGUCGACUUUGCCUUCCAUCCUUUCAAGAUCUAUAAAAGAAGUACCAGUUGAACACUGGGAUUGAUGUACUCGAUUUAACCCCUCCCCCAGAAUUGCUGGCCUUGUGCCAAAAUUCAAAACUAUUAUUCUUAUUAUUACUCGAGCGCUUGCGGUAUUUGUUUCGGCAUGUUUCAAAUACCGCAGAAGUUAACUUUGACAUUUACUCUCCGGGGCUGAAUAAAAUAAAGUACAACUCAAAUACCUGGAUCCAUUUAAUCGACUGUUCCCUGGCCCCGAAUUUCUGAUCUUGUGUUUAUAUAUAAAUCAUCAUCAUCAUCAUCAUCAUCAUUAUUAUUAUUGUUGUUGUUGUUGCUGCUGUUGUUGUUGUUAUUAUGAUGGCGAUGCUUUAGCUGAAUCGUUUGAUUAUUGGACAAAUGCCUUGUUACGGCUCUACGUUCUGAGUUCAAAUGCCACAAAGGUAAGUGAUGGUAGAAGCGAUACAGCUUACGUUACGGCUCCCUACUUUCUAAGUUUUAAAUCUCAACGGUGUCAACUUGGCCUUUCAUCCUUCCAGGGGCGAUAAGUGGCAUGGUUCCUGUGGCAUCGUUCCCGUGCUUCAUUUAUCUAUGCAAUCCUCUUUCUGAAUUUGUGGGUUUGAUCUAAAAUUUGAAAACAUUAUCAUUGCUGUCGAGAGUGGUUUGACAAAAUCGUUAUGCAUUGCGAUAUUUUCACGGCUCUUUGCGCUCUACGUUUAAAUUCAACUAAAAUCGACUUUGCCUUUCAUCCUUUCAGGCCCACUGAAACAAGUACCAGUUGAAUACUGCGGUCAAUGCAAUAGGCUUAGCCCUUUUCUUAAAAUUGCCGGCCUUGUGCCAAAAUUUGAAAACAUUACUACCAUUGCAGUCGAGGGCGAUUUGUCACAAAUCAUCAGAGCGUCGGGAAAACUGCUUUGCACUGCUUUGCUCUUCAUGUUCUGAGUCCAACUUUACUUUUCAUACUUCAGUGGUCGAUACAAAAUAAAUUAGCGACAAAGCAGUGAGAUCGAUAUAAUCGGAUAACUCCUCUUCACCGAAUCUGUAACCUUACACCGAUUAAAUAUCGUUAUUGUUGUUGUAAUCUAGUAUGAAAUCUCUUCAAAGUAUAUCAUGUAUGUGUUUCUCUCAAUCUGUGUGUGUUUCAAAUCUGUUUCUAUUAUACGUAUAUGACACACCAAUGAAGACAAUUUUACAGUAAUUACGUUAAAAUGAGAUCCCAUAUGAUAAAGACCGAUUAACAGUUUCCUUCAGGUUUGACUGCAUAAAGAAAGUUCACUUAGGCUCUUUUCGAUCGACUUUACAUGCUCCAUUUCCUUUGCUUCAAUUCAAAGUAUCUGUGGUUAAGAAGCUCGCCUUUGGUUUCGGGUUCAGUUCCAAUGUGCAGCACCUUGAGGAAGUGUCUUCUAUCAUAACCCUCGGAAUAUCCAUGUCUUGUGAGUGAAAUUGCAAGUCGGAAAUUCUUUCACUCGUCUCCUUUACUUUUCUUCUAUAUUUUCCUCCUGAUGAAUAACUAAUGUCCGAAAUGUCAAGACUCUUUCUCUCCCCUUUAAUCACUAAGCUAAUAGAACAUUUUGUUAUAACUUGUCCAUUAUGUGCUGUCUUCUUUCAUUUUGCGUUCAUUGUUUCCAUUAUAUCAUAGUCUCAAGACAACCAAAAUUUUAUUACCAAAUGACUCGUGGAACAUUAGACAACUGUAUGUAUGUAUGUUUGUAUGUAUGUAUGUAUGUAUGUAUGUAUGCAUGCAUGCAUGCAUUAUGUCAUUAUUCAGUUUAUUUCAAAGUAGGAGGUAGUAAUCCGGCUAUUGGUCCAUGAUAAACUGCUUUCAUUAUCGAUGUUACUAUCAUCACGGAGCUUUCUUACUAACAUAUCCAUGCAUUGUCUUCUGCUCAUAUAGGAUCAUCCCUUCAUCUGAUGAUACGUUGCGGUAGAGUCGUGCGACUUCUUUGGAUAUGUGUAUAAGGUUAUCAGACAAAGGGUGUUGCUCAAGGAGCUGCCUUUUAACUCCUAUGAUGUAAUCAGCCUCAUGUAUGCAAACUAUGUAUGUAUGUAUGUAUGUAUGUAUGUAUAUGUGUGUGUGUGUGCGUGUGUGUGUGUAAGCAUGUAUGUAUGUAUGUAUAUAUGUAUGUAUGUAUGUA